CCGUUGCCACGGUGACGGCGCGAGGCGGGUUGUAACGACAGUCGGCGACAAUCGGCGAGUCGGGGGUUGUCGCGGGAUGGCGGGGAUGGCGCUCUGCGAGCCCCGCCACCUCUACAACAUCCUCAACCAGCACCGGCGGUUCCCCCGGCUGGCGGAGCCCAACUACCUGUGCCUGCUCGAUGCCCGUACCCAGCGUGAGUACGACGAAAGCCAUAUUAUUACCGCACGCAGGAUUGAACAGAGUCCUACAGGGGAGUACCUGGUACCAGACUCUGAGGAGUUGGGGUAUGUCAGAUACUGCGUGGUGUAUGACUGCGAGACCAGCUCUUUGGACUGCUGUGACUAUGAGGAAGAGGAGAAAGAAAAAGGGAGCAGUGCUUCUUCAGGAAUUGAAAACACUGACUCAGGUUCCAUAUGUUCACAGAAUGCUGAGGAAGGAACAGCCGUCCAACAUGCCAGCCGCUUAGAGCAGUUCACCCGCCAUCCUGUGCUCAUCCUGAGGGGAGGAUACAAGUGUUUUUCAGCUUGCUAUCAUUUUCUGAGGACUCAGAAGAUAUUGUGGAUGCCUCAGGAACUAGACAACUUCCAGCCGUACCCUGUAGAAAUACUGCCUGCAAAGUUAUAUAUGGGCAAUUUCAAGCAGGCCUGUGACCGACAAAUUCAGAAAGAUCUGAAGAUCAAAGCACAAGUCAACAUCUCUGAACAACCUGUCACACUGUUUGCAGAAGGCGGCAAAAAUCUCCACAUAUCUGUUCCAGAUUCACUCGAAGCAAAUCUUUUUUCUACCUUUGCCACAAUUUGUCAUUUUAUAGACACUCAGCUGGAUCACGGAGCAGUGCUGGUGUUCUCCAGCCUGGGGAUAAGCCGGAGCAGCACAGUAACCAUGGCCUAUCUUAUGCAUUCCUGCCAGUUUUCCCUGAAGAGAGCUUGGGACUACGUUCUGAAAUGCAAAAUGAACAUGAGACCACACCGGGGCUUUGUGAAACAGCUCUCGGACUGGGAGACCCGAAUCUACAGCACCACAAUCACAGACAUCUCUGAACCAAGUUACUGACAGGGAGCAAAGCGAGCACCCAGCGGGGAGAGGCGCUUCCCUGCCCAUACCACUGUAUCAGUAGAAAGUUACAUGAACACUGUUCGGAAAAAUAUCUUAAUGUAACAGAAAGGCUUUCCUCUUUAGCUCCAUAUUAUUUGGGAUCAAGUUUUGCAGCCAUUAGGGGAAUUCACCUGUGCUGUAGAAGGUGGCAGUUUGGGGAAUGCAAGUCCUGCAGGAUGGGCCUAUCACACGCUGCUUGUCUCUUGUAAGUGAAGGGGUUUAUAACCACCUCGUCAGGCAUGCUCAUUACCCCAGGUAUGGGGAAGUCAUCAGGGUUAUCUCUGAAAAUGUUCCUCAGUCCAUAGCCUGGGAUGGUAAAUUUAGAGUUUGACUGUACCCGCUUCCAGCCCGGAGAGGCGACGACAGAAUGUCCCCAUUUCAGAAGCUCCUUCGCCUUGCAUGUGCCUUCUUGGCUCCCCACAGGCACUGACACAGCCUCUUGCAGGCUCCCUGGUGCGAUUGCCUAGCAAGACCACACUUCCCACUUGCCACCUUCUAAUACAACAACCUAACCUCUUGGCAUGGCUGCCGGCUUUGGAGCAUUGAUCCCGUUAUGUGAAACCUAAACUCCGUAGUGUCCACUGUCUCACUGUAAAUUCUUUCACAGAAUCACAGAACGGCUUGGGUUGGAGGGACCUUUAGAGGGCAUCUAGUCCAACCCCCCUGCAGUGAGCAGGGACAUCUUCAGCUAGGUGAGGUUGCUCAGAGCCCCGUCCAACCUGACUUUGGAUGUUUCCAGGGAUGGGACCUCCACAACCUCUCGGGGCAACCUCUGCCAGGGUUUGACCACCGUCAUCGUAAAAAAUUCUUUCCUUCUAUCCAGUCUAAAUCCACCCUCCUUUAGUUUAAAACCAUCACCCCUUGUCCUGUCACAGCAGGCCUUGCUAGAGAUUGCCCCCAUCCUUCCUAUAGUCCCCCUUUAAGCACUGAAAGUCUCC